UCGAAUACCUUUAGUGCUGACCAUCCAUUGCCGGACCGCUGUCCAGCUCUUCUCGACCUGCUGUCUGUCCGACCCAUCGGUUCUCCACCUGUUUGGUUCACAUGCACAACUAGAACCUCCGCUCUCUCAUCAAAGUUCAUCAUGGUCUAUUCUCUUGGAUACCGCCGCCCCGAGCGCGUUCAGCGCCCCUCAUCUAGCGACUCCAUCUCGGGCGCUUCAAAACAGAAGUCGAUAGAUGCGUCCAUUCACUCGUAUAGCAGUGGCAUGUCUCAUGGUAUACCCGAGGCUUUAUCCUUUGACCGUAUCAUCUCUGGAGGCACCUGUCCCCCUUGCACCACCCGAGACUUCAUGAACUACCUGAAGUAUAUCGAGCUGGCUGCCGAGAACCUGCAGUUCCACCUCUGGUUCCGCUCCUAUUGCAAGCGCUUCGACGACCUUCCCGAAACCGAGAAGGCUUUGUCGCCAGUCUGGUACCAGGAACAUGCCGAGGCCGAGACGCCCAAUCUCCGCAAAAAGACUGUCGACCCCGUCGCUGCGGCCAUCUUUAAGGGUACCGACUUUGCCAGCGAUCCCACAGUCAGUGAGGUCUCCAAGGAGAAGAACCCCUUCUUUACUCCACCAGGCACUCCCAAUGAAGAUAUCAAGCGCGACGCUGGAGAGUCUUUGGAUUCGUAUGAGGCCAAUUUGAGUGCUGGAGGCAAAGCAGCCCACGCUCAACGUGCCGUGAACGCUUUUGAGGACGCUGGUCUCAAAUGGAAGCCGCUUACUGUCCAACCUUACCGCGAGGAGGUCACUCGUAUCAUUUCCAUCUACAUCGCAGAUGGGGGUGCUCGCCAACUUAAUCUCUCAUCCAAAGAGCGUAACAAGUUGCUGCACGCACUUCAAAACACCACCCACCCAUCUGCUUUUCAUGAUGUUGCGAACACUGUCGAAUGGUCUCUACGCUGCCAGGCUCACCCCAACUUCAUUCGUUGGACCAUCUGCAACGGUAACCUUCCCCGCGUUGUCUUCGCCCGCGGUCUCGGCAUCGCCGGCAUUGUGGGUGGCUUCAUUGCUGCCCUUCUCAUCACGCUCAGCAGCGCUGGCCGAGCGUGGCGCGUCAUCUCUAUCAUUGGCUUUCUUAUUGGCAUAUCAACACUAAUUGCUGCUUGGAAGGGCAUGUGCGUUGUCCUGCACGGCAUGCAUCACCGUCACCUGCGACCCUGGGAACUCUUCACGUCCGAUGACGAACCGACCAGCUUCGAUGCCAAGGGCGACUCGAUUGAUACUCUGGCUUCUCAAGAUUCCAACAACAGCUAUGAAGACGAGCCAUGGGUUGCCAAGUACGAGAAACGUAACCUCAUUCGCAAAGUUUUCGAUCGCGAGGUUUGGAUCCAGGAGCCUGCUCUUCGCCAGAUCCAGGACACAAUCUUCUUGCAAGCCAUUCUCGGUGCUUUGGUACUUUCCUUCAUCAUUGUGGGUAUCUUCUGCGCCGUCCCCCGCGGUGGGUUCUUCUAG